UGAGUGUACACUGGCUCGUGAUAAUAAGUCAUAUUAAACUUUUGAGGUUCUGGUGAUUCUUUCGCUAAGUUCUGCACCAUUACUCAUUGAUAAGCAAGCUUAUUGCAUUCCCGAACAAAACGGCGCUAUCUAAUUGAUGGAAAUACCCCAAUGGUAUAUCUCAACCAUAUUGUAGAUGGCUGUGUAGCUCGUAUCGCCGCCAAACUUGAGUUGAUGGAACCCUGUUCUAGUGUUAAAGACAGGCAUAUCAUGAUUGCUUAUAGCAUGAUUAAAGAUGCAGAGGACAAGGGUCUGAUUACUCCGGGAAAGACUGUCCUCAUUGAGGCUACUAGUGGUAACACUGGCAUUGCGUUGGCAUUCAUCGCCGCAGUCAGGGGUUACAAACUUAUACUUGCCAUGCCGGCUUCAAUGAGUCUUGAGAGAAGAAUUGUGCCCCAAGCUUUUGGAGCAGAGUUGUACCUUACAGAUCCUGCCAAGGGUGUUUAUGGGGUUUUUGAGAAGGCCAAUGAGCUACUCAGUAAAAUACCCAAUAGUUAUCUGCUUCAUCAAUUUGAAAAUCCUGCUAACCCAAAGAUCCAUUAUGAAACCACUGGCCUGGAGAUAUGGAGGGAUUCGGGAGGGACCGUUGAUGCCCUGGUUGCAGGUAUAGGGACUGGUGGUACGGUAGCGGGUGCAGGGAGUUUCCUCAAGGAGAAAAACUCGGAGAUCAAGGUUUAUGGGGUAGAACCAGUUGAAAGCGCAGUCUUGAAUGGAGGAAAGCCUGGCAAGCAUCUGAUCCAAGGAAUUGGUGUUGGUAUUAUGCCUAUUGUUCUGGACGUCAACCUGCUUGAUGAAGUUAUUCAAGUAUCAAGCGAGGAAGCGAUCGAAACUGCCAAGUUACUUGCCUUGAAAGAAGGUUUGCUGGUGGGGAUUUCAUCUGGUGCAGCUGCGGCUGCUGCAAUAAAGUUGGCAAGGAGGCCAGAAAAUGCAGGAAAACUCUUUGUCGUGGUUUUUCCCAGCUGUGGAGAGCGUUAUCUGUCUUCUGUGCUCUUUGAUUCCAUUAGGCAGAAGGCAGAAAAUAUGACUUUUGACUGAGGUGUUCAUGAAUAUCACAAACUGCCCAUGUCCUUUGCAUCCUCUGGAUGCCAUAAAUAAUGAGAGAUGUAGAUUGUUUGCAGUAUUUGCAGAACCUUU